AAGCAAAAGACCUACCAAACCGUUUCCGCAUGCUAAAUCGGGGUUUCAUGUUGUGAAUAGCUUAAGUUUCUCAGUUUGACGUAGGCUUAGGAGCAGAUCUUUCGGAAUGUUUGACUGGAUCCUGCAAAUGAUUCCGUAGGACAAACCUAAAGUUGAAUUUCUUGCGUCUACUGCGUGUUCCAGAAUAAUAAUCAUAACUUAUCUUCAUUGUUCUUUACUAAGCUAUUCUGAAAGACACUAUCGAAUAUGGCAAGGAAGCGGCCUCGAAGAUUGGAUUACAUAGCUCCACAGGACAUAAACUCGUUUAUAAACUUGGAAUCGAUUAGUCAUAACAAAUAAAUAAGCAUCUUUAGUGGGUUACGCGGAGAUUUGCCGAGUAAAUUGUCUUUUGAGUCGAUUUUGCCGAACGUUUAUCAAGUAUAUCAUGAGCCGUAUUUUUUGGGAUGCAAGAUUUACACAUAAUUAGAAUAAAAGCUCUUAACUCAAUAACACACUUACAAAACUUCAAACAUUCACCUUGAAUCAUGCUUACUGGGAGAUCUAAUAAUGGGACUUGGUUGGUCCAUUGAAAUGUAUACAGUAACAUUUGUGUCUUUAACCUGGUGGUUGACGUUCGUGGUACCCUCAGGAUAUAGUACACAAAUGACUAAACUAUCUGGUUACCCGAACUAGAUGAUACAAUAGUACCUCUUGGUAGGUUGGAAUACUUAGUUAUAAAACUGUUGGUUUUAUCUAAAGAACUACAUUUUUAAGGUCUUUCUUAAACUUUGAAAGUGUCCUAAGAUUGAAAGGUUCAUCGACUGAAGUGUUCUUCAUAAACAAUCAAUGGUGAUGGGUGCACUCCUUCUCAGUACUAUAAGACAUUUGAAAGAGUCAUAUUCAAUAGAUGUAUUCAUAUUCUUAGGAUAAAAACUCUAGCUCUUUAUGAAUAUAUCACUUCUCAGAUGAGGCCAUAUUUCACUAUUUCUGAGUGAUCUGCAUCCAUGAAAAUGCUGUUUGAACGUUUUAAUUGGAAGUCCAACGAACUUUGCUUAGACAUUUUAAUGUUUACGAUUCAGAUCCGUAUUUAUCUACUUUCAAAUAAUCACCUGUCUGUUGAGUUAUAUUUGUUUACGUUUUGCUAUCGUAAAGCUUUCCAACCCAGAUCAGCAGAUAGUUUUCGUUGUUUUUUAAUUGGUCCACGUAAUAACAAGGUAAUAUGAUUCGUAAGGCACAUGCUUUAAUGUCAUCCUCAAACUUCGUGGUGAAUGAUCUUGACACCCCCAAGUGACUAUCCUUGUAGGAAAAAAAUUGAAAAGCCCCCAAAUUAUCUCUUGCAGUUCUGCACUGUUCAUGAGGAUAGAGGACUAGCUUUCCUCACCUCUAACAAUUUUCGACCCUUAGUAUUUGGACUGUAUAUAAAUUUACUUAACAUUGGUCACCAAAUGACCUACAUGGUGUAUAUGCAGUUUAGAUUGGAAAGGUACCUGAAUUUAUAGCCAUGAAUUAGUUUAGGGGGCAAAAAACAGGUUUAACACAUUUUUCUAGACAACACGCUUAUCGAAAGGAAUAUUGGGAGAGGUAUAAAAUUUCAUAAUGCUGUCCGUAAUUCUUUCAAUAUUUAUCAUAAUUAAUCAGUAAGUCAUUAGAUAUGUUGAAUUCUGUGUUGUAGUAUCGUGGUAGCAUGAAGAAGAUAAUGAAUUGCUUAUAUUAUCAAUGGAAUUAUUUAUCACCAAAACAUAAGAAAAUGUCUUAGUCAAUUUAUUUUCCUGUUAGUUUCAUGAACUAAAUGAAAUGGAUGUCUUUGUAUACCAAGUUGAACAUGGUGGUGAAUAGAUAUCUCGUUAAUAUUAUUAGCUGCCUAUUAUUAGUGUAUAGCGUUGGAAUUAUUUGAUAUUCUUGCAGUGACAGUGUCUUAAUUUCUUCGAGAGUUGAAGUUUCGAGUCGCGUUCUAUCUCAUUUUCUUCUGGAAUGCUGGAUAUUAUUAUCAACCUUUAAACAAAAAGUGCGAUCUGAAUCUCCUGGUAUUUGAAUCUGUAGUUGGUUGGUUAAUCACAUUAAUAAAUAAUUUGAGGUGAAUUUUGAUAUACAAGUUAUAUGAACAAAUAUAUGCCCCUUGAUGGAGAUCGCUGAAGUAAUGGGAUGAUUAGUCUUGAACAUAUCUUCAUUUUUUACCAUUUCUUUUUGUAAAUCUGAACUAGGAUUCUUUUGCUUGUGUCAUCUAUUUGUCCCGUAGUUUCAGUUCUUUGGCUCUAGUUCUCUAUUGCACAUUGUUCUUUUUAGUUAUUUUAUAAUAAUUCUGAGAAGUGUAGCAAUCUGAAUUAAUGCAAUCCACCUAUAGACUAUGUUAUUUCACUUGUUCGGUGUUGAUGAUUUAACUAUCUGUUAUUUAUAUUCUAAGUUUUUUUAUCAGUAUUGUUCUACUAAUAUUGGCUUAUUAUUUCCGUUAUUCUAGUGCUUGCUAAAUAUUUGAAAAUCCAGUCACUUGUAGGCUUACAUGCCUAACAGAAUUAUCAUUUCGUUAUGACGUCUACAAGUAGUGAUAUUGUUCCAGUUGGCACAAUAAUCAAAGAAAGAUGGAGAGUUUACACUAAAAUUGGUGGCGGUGGUUUUGGUGAAAUCUAUGAAGCUGUUGAUAUGAUCAAUCAACAAAAAGUUGCUGUGAAAGUUGAAUCGGCACAACAACCGAAACAAGUAUUAAAAAUGGAAGUUGCUGUACUUAAACGAUUACAAGGACGUGCACACACAUGUCGUUUUAUCGGUUGUGGCAGAAAUGAACAGUUCAAUUAUAUAGUAAUGAGUCUUCAAGGUAAAAAUCUAGCAGAUUUAAGACGAUCAACUCGUCGUGGAUGUUUUACUAUAAGUACAACUGUACGACUAGCUCGUCAAAUGCUUGUUGCUAUUGAAAAUGUCCAUAAUGUUGGAUUUCUUCAUAGAGAUAUAAAACCAUCAAAUUUUGCAUUAGGAACUGGGAUCGGACCUGGCGCUGUUAAUCCUAGACAAAUUGUGCUUCUUGACUUUGGGUUGGCUCGUCAGUAUACGACUGCAAACGGAGACAUUCGAGCUCCUAGACAGGUAGCUGGUUUUCGGGGUACUGUCAGGUACGCUUCUGUUAAUGCUCAUUCAAAUAAGGAACUUGGACGCCAUGAUGAUCUCUGGUCGUUAUAUUAUAUGCUUGGUGAAUUCAUAGUCGGUGAAUUACCUUGGCGAAAAAUCAAAGAUAAGGAGCAGGUUGGCUUGAUGAAACAAACGUUUGAUCAUAAUCAGUUAUUAAAGUUUAUGCCACGUGAAUUUAGACCAUUUCUUGAACAUAUUCAAAAUUUGACCUAUUUUGAUCGUCCAGACUACAUAUAUUUGCAUUCUUUGCUUAACGCUUAUAUGGAACGUCGUAGGAUAAAUGAAUCUGAUCCAUUUGAUUGGGAGAUAACAACUGAGCCUACGCCUGUUACUGGUGCUAAUGAGACUAAUCAGCACCAUACAACACAAACACCUAUAGCAACUCAACAAGCUGCUCAGGUCACUGUAGCUGGAACACAGGGAACACUAGAUGUCUCCAAGCUCCGAAAGGGUAUUCCUUCUGGAGUGGAUCAAAAUCGGCUAAAUGUUGGUGCAGGCUCAAGUGGAUAUAUAAGUGGAACUAGAUUGGCCGGAAGUAGUUCAAACUUAGCUCUUGUAAGUCCAGUUGUAACCACUUCAGUGGCUAAUGUAGGGAAAUCUUUUGAUGCUAUCCCAUGUCAUGGCGGACCAAAUGGUAGUGCCUUAAAUUCAAGAUCAGGUGUAGUUUCACAUCAUCGUAAUAAUGUCGACGAAAUUUUGAGCAAUCACAAUUCUCAGCAGCAACAAGGUAACAAUACACCGCGUAAAUCAUUUUCAAAUGCAGGUGCACGGUCGCAUCGACCUGCCACUACUCCACGUCUUGUUAAAGAAGCUGGAGCGGCGAGAGCUCGUGAAGCUGCCUCUAAAGAUGUUACCAAAGUAGAUCAUUUUUACUCUCCACAUUCUCAAGCUAAUCGUGUUUCUCCUUCGGCUAAAGUUGGUAAUACCGACUCAGUUUGUCAACCAACGGAUAGUUCUAUACCGAUUAGUUGUGGACAUCGUAAUAAUGAUCCAAACAGACUUCAACCUGGUAUAGGAACAACGAACAGCAAUUCAUCAAAUCGUCGACCUAUAAGUGCAGGUGCAGCUCAUCUUAGAAGUAGUGGAGGCACUAUAGGAAGUACAGCAAGUGUUGUUGGGGCUGGUUCAGGGACGCGAUGCGACACAAGUUGCACACACGCUGUCAUUGUAAUGGUCGAUCAAGGAGAAAAUAGUAAUUAUCAUGAUAUGACAAAAGCUGUUCCUCUCACACUCGCUAGUCAUUGGAUUGCUGGUGGAGAAGAUGAAGAAGGUUCGGGCCUCUCUGAAAAUGAAGAUGCUGUCGUAAAAGUUAAAGGUCCAGCUUCUUCUGUUGCUAGUGCUUCUGGUGGGGUUGGAGACGAAUAUGAUGCGUCGAAUCAUUUGAACAAAUUUAAUGGAACAAAUAAUCAAUUACCUGAAUGUGGGAGUGGAGAAGACAAUGAAGUAUUUCCCAGAAUGCAGUCAGAAAAUGGCAAUAAUGACAAUAAUUACUUUUGUAAUUGUGACCCUAGUAUGUUAAAUUCUCAGCGAGUCUUUCAACCUUCUGGAGAUGUUAACAAGGAUGUUGGAUCUGGUUCUUAUCAAGAGCCAGGAUCAGAUGAAAAUAGUGGAGAGAGAUCUUCAGUGAAUGUACCUUAUAUUACACCUGGCAGACAAGUAUCUAUUUCUUCUCAACACACAUAUGGAGAGGUUGAAAGUGGUUCCUACAGACAUAAUAUCAAUUCUUUUGGAAAUCGAGGUGUUGCACGUAAGCUAUCCCAAGGAUUUCGUCGACAAAGAGCACUGCCUCAAUAUCUUACUUCAGAAUCAAAAUUACUUCCAAGUUAUGGUAUGCCUACAGCCAAAGAAAGUUGUUUAGUCAAUUCACCAACUCGUUUGAAAUCUUUUAAAAGUGAUAAUGAUAAUAAUUGGAUCACUCGAAGUGGUGGUGAUUUAAUGCCUCAGUUUCCAAUUCCAUUCUCACGUUCCACAAGUCCAUACCAUCCUCAUGGCUUAGAAAUUGUUGAUGAAAAUGCUAGUAUACCAGUUUCUAAGCAUUCACCAUAUAUUACACAAGAAAUGGUUGAUCGCAGGGGUCGAAUCCAGUAUAAAGAUUUACAUGAUCAUGAUUAUCGUGAGUCAGGAAAUCUAAUUAAUGAGUUUCAUUUUGAUCCAAUUGUUAAUUUAAAUAAUAAUCAUAAUGAUAAUAACAAUGCUAACGCUAAUAAUAAUCACAAUUAUUCAAAUACAUGGAAGUUUAAUCAAAACAGUAAUUGUUUUCCUAAUCCACCACAUUUAAAUUCUUCUAAUUCCAUGUAUCAUCAUUUACAACCUGUCGAGAAUCAAUCAAAUCAUAUGAGUCGUUCAAUGAUAUUAUCACAAACAAGCAGCGCUGAGCCAUCAUCCACAUAUAAUCUCAUGCAUCCAUUACGAAUAAAUAAUGAAAAUAAUGAGAUUAAUUUGAAACCACCAAAUUCAUCAUAUUUAACUGAUGGUCCUAUCUUUUAUAAAUCACCAUUUCAAUAUUCUUCAGCAUCGCCAUCUGUCACAAAACCAUUAACUACUACUAUAAUAUCACGUGAUUAUUUCCGCUCUCGUCCUGAUAUCUCUUCAGGAUCACGUCAAUAUUAUGUUUCACAACCAAAUAAUCAUUUCAAUACAACUACACGACGUCCGACAUUAUCGGUCGCACAAAAUAAUUCAUACUUAAAAGCACCAUUUUCUAAAUCUGAACAUAAUCUUUUACAUGCUGUGGAUAGCUUACCGGAAUUGGAAAACAGACGAUUUCAGCCUACAGUUGAAGAUGAUAGUUACUUGUUGGUAUAACAAAAUGUUGGUUCUAGAAAUGAAGGUCAUUCCAUCUUUUACAAUACAAAGGUAGCUGUAUAUUAUUGUUGUUAUCAUGUGAUUGAAUAUUCUACUAAUCCGAUUGUAUCUAAAUCUUUAGCUGAUACUAAUCCAUCUAUUGAAAUAAUAAAUAGAUUUUCAUAUCAAUCAAAUAUAUCAAAAUCAUCAAUUGAUCAUGUAUUUGAACGUUCAUCUAAACCGAAUUCAUUAUAUUUUAUUCGACCAACACAACAUACAAUUGAUAUGUAAUGUAGUUAUGAUGGAAAAGAAAAUAAAUAAACAAACAAACCAUCAAUUAUUUCUAUGAUUAUGAUUAACUUUGUGGUGUAUUAUAUAUGUGUGUACACUUAUUUCUUUUUUAUGAUUAUUAUUUUGAUUUGAAGAGUUCUUUUUGAAAAAAAAGAAACAUAAACGAAAGAAAAAAGAAAACUGUUUAUAUCACUGAUUAAUUCAUUAUUGAAAUAAUCAUAUCAUUCUUCGUAUAUAGUGAAUGAUGUUAUUGAACAUUGAAGAAUCUUCCGUUUUGUUCGCUAUACUGUGAUUACUACCAGUACUACUACUACUACUAUGUAUAUUACAGUACUAUUUGCACUUUUCACAAGGAUUAUGUAGCAUUGUGUUCAACUUUCUUGUUUCUAUCUUUAUAUUCAUUUACUUCUUUUAUGUAUUUAUGUGCAUAUUUUACUACUUACUCUGUGCUAAUCAUCGUCAUCAUCACCAUCUUCGCUGUAUUAUGUAUAUGUGUGUGGGUGUGGGUGUGUGACUAGCCCAUUGUAUACAAUGUACAAUUAGAAAAUUCUGAUGUUAUCUUUUACCCAUUUACGGUUGCUUACUGUCUUUUUCAAACCCUUGUUUAUAUAUUUUUCUAGGCAAAUAAAACUACUCAUAUAUGUUUGUUUUUUGUUUCUUUCUUUCUGUAGAAACGUUUAUUCUAUACAAUUUAGGCUGUGCACUACUUGCUAUACAUGUACAUCAAAAACAAACAAAAUGUUUAUAUAUAUAUAUAUAUAUAUAUAUAUAUAUAUAUAUAUAUAUUAUUUAGUCUUCUAUCUCUCUUCAUAAAAUAUCCUUUACAAUAUAUCUUUUCAUUAUUAUUUCUAUAUUCUGUUCAAUAUCUUUCUUUUCUGUCUCUUCUUUUAAAAACGAGAACUAGCACUAUACUACUACUAUUACUACUUAAAUCAAAUUUCACACAUUUAUUUCUCUUUUCAUUUGAUUUAAAUUUCUUGACCAUUUGUAUAAUAUUUAAGAAAAAAAGAAAAAAAUGAGAACUCAGUAACUAAUAUCAUUUUUUUUACCAUGUGCAUAUCAUAUUAUUUCAUUUCAUUUCUCUUUUUUUUAAUUUUAUUUAAUUAAAAUGUAACCCUAAUUAUCAUUUAACUUUGUUUAUAAAACCAUGUUACUAUUGUUAAUGUGAAUAAUACUAUUUAUUUAUCUACUUAUAUAAUGUGUAUAUUUGUGCAAUAUACACUGUACUGAAUAUGUGCGUAUAAAUUAUUAUAUGUAACUGUAUAUAUUUGUAUGUGUGUAUUUGUGUAUGAAAGGAAUUCUACCUCUUGAUGAGUUGAUAUGAUAAGAGUACAAUAAAUAUACAAUAGUACAGUUAAUAAUAUUAAUCUAAGUAUACAUAAUAUUGAAUGUCGCUUAAAUUGUCUUUCUUCUAGAGUAAUUACAUAAAAUGUGUAUUUAUUAUUGUUCCAUUUGUUUCCUUCGUUUUUUUUUGAAUUCUUUGAUUCAUAGAAAAUGUUCUCUUUAUUUAUAUUUUCUUUAAAACUUUUUUCCCUCUUUUUUUUGUUCUAUUAAGCAUUGUUCUCUUUUCAUUCUUUUAAUUAUUCUUUUCUGGAUUGUUUGUUUUUUAUCGUGAAAUAAAAGAGAUUGUUCUCUGAAUGUCCUUAUUUCUCUCUUGUUCUACACAAAAAUGUAAAUCAAUGAACCAAUGUCUUUCAUUAGAUAAAAAGCUACAUCUUCAUUUUUUUGUUUGUUUUUCAUAACUGAUGUGAUAAAUAUCACUCAUUCUCUCUUUCUCCCUUUUUAGAACUGAUUCAUUAAGAUCCUGUGUUUUUUUUUCUCUACCGAUAUUUACAAUAAUUAUUCAUGGUAUACGUAUGUGGAAAAUGGAUUUGGUUUAUUCGUUUUGAACCAUUGUUUCAAUGUCACAAACUGAUAACAACAUCAAGAUAGAUAUACUGUUUAUAUGUAUGCGUGUAUCUGUUUGUGUUGUUGUUGUUUUUAUUUGUGGCAGUGUAAUUACACCUGACAUUCCAGCAUUUAGUAAUUUUAUUCUGGAGUUUUAUCUACUAAUUCUCUCGUUCUUUUUUUGAUUCGCAAGACAAUUAUUUGCAUAGUUUACUCAGUUUUUCAUGGUUAUUCAUUUCUCAUGUCUGUUCGUUUGUGUUUUGUUUAUGCUUCUUUAAUGAAGCUAUUUGAUUUUCCCAAUUGUAAACCGCAUUUUCUUCGUUUGUUUAUGUUGAUUCUACUGUCGGUGGCGCUACUUUCUCUCCUUGUUAUGUCUCUAUUAUGAUCGUUUUUGUUUUCUCAUCUUAUCUUUCUGUCCAAUUUGUUCAAAGUGUAAUAUCUCUCAGGUGUAAAAGACAAAUAACUUGUCAAUAUUUUAUGUGAUAUUGUGUUCUUUAUGACCCGGUAGUGAAUUAAUUUGUCUAAUAUGCCUAUCACUUAUAUUUCUAUGCAUACUGUUAUGUAAGUUAUUUCCAUUGGCUCUGAUAAUUUCGUCAGAGCUGCUUUCCUUUGUGAUCCCGCAUAUAUAUAUAUAUAUAUUGAUAUAACAUUCCAACAUGUCCAAAUGCAACAUAGUUAUACAUCUGACUACACUAAUAUAUCACUGUUAUACUCCAUAUGGACGGAUAUAUAUAUUUAUAGAUACAUAUAUACGCUGACUUCUGCUUCUGUCUACAUGUAAAGUAACUGUUAAAAGUUGUCGGGUAAGAAUAUUUAGAUGUUUUUCAACUGAUACAUGUUGAAAGUCCGCUCUACAUUUUUUGAUUUAAGUAACUAGUUAGUAAUAGAGUUUACGGCUAACAGACGAAGCGGUGUUAUGAUUUAGAUUUUCUAUUCUUAUACUCAAAUAGAUACAAACAGCUCUAAAUGUUCAUACGUACUAUAUUUAUGUAGUGAAACUACUUUCGUUAUUGAUGAAUGAUCAUUUCAUAAGGUAAAAUUAAUUUUGUAGAAUGUGUGUUCUAUAAUUAUUCUGUAACAGUUCUUCCUGAUAGUUGAACUACUUUUUUGCGAUUCAUAUUAUUUAAAUAUGUGCGUAAGCAUUGUUCUGAAUGAUCAGUUAUUUGAUAAAAGAUAUUGUUUCAUCAUUACAUGUGUGUGCGUACUUUUAAGUGAUGAAAUACUUCAUGAUAUUGUACCACUCUUAUCAUAAUCUCAUUCAUUUAACUUAUUAGGUUUAUUUAUACGAUCAGAAAAAGUAUAUAUAUUAAUCGAAAUUUCUAUGAUUAGUAUGCAACUAUUCAUAUCGUUCAAUAAACUAUAACCUUUAACUUUCAUAUUGACGUUUUUAUCACCGGUAAUAGUGUUAAGCUGUGUAUUUGUUGUUACUCUGAAUAAUAUGAUUUUCGAAAGAAAUCUCAAAGUAAUUUUUCUUUCAGUGUAGAGGUUGUGGAGAUUAUUAAGGCAGUGAGUAGGACUUCUCUGACAAUUGUUGUAUGUACAUGUCCAUAUGAGAGCGUUUGCAGAGGGAGAGCUGACUCUCCUCACCCUCGGUCGUACCAGGCCAUUUUGGG